AUGGCAGAGGGUGCGGUGUUCCAACUUCUAUCCAACUUCGCACCCUAUCUCCAGGAAGAGGUAAACCUGUUAACCGGAGUGGGGGAGGAGAUUGAAUUCAUUAGAGCCGAAUUCGAGCGCAUGACAAAUUUCCUCAGAGUAGCUGAUGCUGUGGAAGAGAGAAACCUGGAACUCAAAGUAUGGUUGAAGCAAGUUCGAGAAGCUGCAUAUGACACUGCAGAUGCUCUUGACAUUGCAGAUGCUCUUGACAUGUACAUGCUUCGCCUUGGACAUCAACAUGGCGCAGGAUUCUGCGGGUUUAUUUGCAAGGUUUCUUGCUUUAUUAAGACUUUGAAAGCUCGCCACCAAAUUGCUUCUGAAGUAAAACGAAUCAAGUCCAAAUUCAUUGAUAUUUCCACGGGAUAUCAGAGAUAUAGUAACGUAGAUGGCACAAUAGAGAAAGGCUCAAGCUCCACUCAUUCUGGCAUUGUAUGGUAUGAUUGUCGUGGCGACGCCCUUCUACUCCAAGAAGCUGACCUUGUGGGCAUCAGCAAGCCCAAAUCACAAUUGAUUCAGUGGCUAUUGGAUGUAGAUCCUCAACUCAAGGUCGAAGAGCUUUUAAAAGACAUGAUCCAACAACUCUUUGAAGAAUUCAGGCUACCACUCCCACAAGGAAUGGACAAUAUGAAUACAAAUAGCUUGAAAAGGAUAAUUAAUGAUUUUCUGCAGCAGAAGAGCCAAAUAGUCCUAACAACGAGAAAUCUUGACUUAGCCUCUUUCGCUAGUAAAGAAUAUCAUGGUUCUGUUUAUACUCUCCAACCCUUACCUUGCGAACCUUCAUGGGAGUUGUUUUGCAAGAAGGCAUUUCAAGGGAAUCCUUGUCCCUCGUAUUUGGAAGAUCUUUCAAGAGACAUCUUGAAAAGAUGUGAGGGUUUACCACUUGCAAUUGUGGCAAUCGGUGGUCUUUUAUCAACAAAGGAGAACCGUCUUGACGAGUGGGAGAUGAUUUACCGCGGCCUUGGAGCAGAACUAGAAAGCAAUGACAAACUCAUGAGCAUGAAAAAAAUACUGUCCCUCAGUUACUUUGAUCUCCCUUACUAUCUCAAGUUAUGUUUUCUAUAA